AUGCUAUACACGUACUCUCAUUCAAUUACCCUAAGGGCAUUGCGUUCUCAACUCCUCCGACAGGCCCACACUGCUCGCUUCACCACCACAACCCGACGAGCAGAAGAGAUCACCCCCGAAUCCCAAUCCCAACUCCCCUACUUCAUCCAUCGCACCAAAACCAACAACCUCCCCGUCUACGAGGAACUCCGCGGGAGCAAUAAGAAGGAAACACGGAUCCGCAAGGUUGAUGGAGACCUUAAUGCACUGAAAGGCCAUGUAAUCAAUCAUUUGGGUAUCGAUAAAGAGUCGGUCUCAAUCAACGGGCGCACGAGACAUGUUAUAAUUAAGGGAUGGUUUAAGAAGGAUCUAUCGUCAUGGUUGCAGGGGCUAAGAUUUUAA